AUGGAAGCAGGCAUGAGAAACGCAGUCACCCCUAGCAGUGAUGAGUCUUCUGCGCCAGUGAUAUAUUCCCCAGGCCAGAAGAUAUUGCCACGGCACCACUUCGACCUGCUGCGCAACACAAGCUCGCCAACAUCCAUCACACGCAUGAGAAAGAAACAAGUAGCGGAGUAGAACUGAUCCAUCCAUUCAAAAGCUCGUUGGGUAUCUAUAGCGCUCAUCCCAUCCCCUGCAAAAGAAAAUCCUCGCCUCAUUACUCUCUGUCUUGAUGCACUCCGGGUAUUCAACGUCCAUUCUCGCCGCGCACAUCAAAUGUUGGUGGUUGAUGUGGCUACAUGCCCGUCUUCGGGUUGACGGGCCCGCCUCAGACUCUGCUCGUAUGCGUCGUCCUGGUCUUGCGCCCACCGCCGCCGCGGCCGC